CACAUUGGCAUUUUCCAGUUCGGUUGCUUACCGCGGAGGCGGCGUGGACUAAAAAGAAAUUGCUGAGCAGCAAUGACAAAGGAGCAAAAGGAGGCCGCGGCUGAGAAACGACAGAGCCGGCGCAGAGCGAGAACUGCAAUCUGGCUUAUGAGCCAGUUCGACAAUAUAAACACCAUCUUAUGUCUCGCGGGCGCGGCUGGCUACCGCCAUCGCACCCAAAAACUCUUCGAUGUUACAUGGUAUCAGGUGACGGAAGAUGGUAACACGCAAUGGAGAACCGAGGAUCCCGUCGCGCUCUUGAACAUAGAGAACGCCUGGGCCAGAGACAGACUUGAACAUUUCAAUGGCUACUUUCACGACAACAUUUACAUCGCAGAAGGCCAGUACAUCUCUGGGUGUAUUGGUGCAACAUGCUUCAGAGUCACCAAUUUCCUCGACCAGCUGAUCUUGGAGGCGGAACGAGAGAGGCGACGUGAGGUCCACGGAUUUUACGUCUUCCUUCGAAGAGCAAGGAUUCUCGCACAAGAGCUGAAUAAUAGUAAGCUUGAAAGGAGUAGAAACAACAGAAAUACAAGAAAGAGAGGCUCGCCAAAAUUGUACUGCAGUAAUGACACCGGACGAGAGAAAGAACACCGAAAGAGACGGAUCGUCAAACUUUACGAUGAGAAGCAAGAGGCCAGAAAGGAGGCACCACGCAUAACGAGCGAGGCCAGUAAGCGUGUGUUGGACGAUCUGUUGGCUUUGAUUGAUGAUAUCGACCCAAGAAAGGCUUUGAGGGGGGUUGUUGGCAGGAAUUGCGGCAACCCGGGGGACAUCGCCAUCGUCGUCGAUGAUGAUGACUUCUUGUUGGUACCCCUUUUCAGUAGGCUCUUAGCAAACAAUACAGGCCAAAUAGGCUUCCGUGGCGCCUUCAUUAUGCGUGGCCGUUGCAUAGCCGUUGAGUGUCAGUACCAGCCCAAACCUCCACCUCAACAGAAACAAAUACAGUUUUGCCAUCGGUAUGAUUUACAACACCUCCAAUUCAAUCCGCCGAAGACAAGCCUAUUCUCGUUUCCAGCUGAAGUCGCAAACUUGGCUGAUCAUGAUCUAAGUUGA